GGGGAAGUAUCGCGGAGCGCGCCGGGCCUUGCUGAACGCCGGCAGUUCCUGCCGUUGCAGCCGCCCUCGGCUACUGCCGAGCACUUCCAAAGCCGCCAUGUCAGCCAGCGCCGUCUACGUACUGGACCUGAAGGGCAAGUCCAUCAGGGUGGAAGGCAAGUGGCCAGCCUCUUAUGUUUGGAAGCUGCCAGAACAGGUCCGGCCACAGUAAACAAGUCCAACAUUCAUCAGAGAAACAACAGUGGUGGCCAAGCUACAUGGAAGAGCUGGAGUUGUUCAGAAGUAAAGAGGUGGAGUGCCCCACCCCCAGCAUUUUCCUUAGUCCCUUGAGUGUGUACCUGCCCUGGAUGCCACCCAAAGUCAACAACUGGUGCUCAUCUGCAGGAACUACCGUGGGGAUGUGGACAUGUCAGAGGUGGAGCACUUCAUGCCCAUCCUGAUGGAGAAGGAGGAGGAGGGCAUGCUGUCACCUAUCUUGGCCCACGGUGGUGUUCGCUUCAUGUGGAUUAAGCACAACAACCUGUACUUGGUCGCCACUUCCAAAAAGAACGCUUGUGUGUCGCUGGUGUUCUCCUUCCUCUACAAGGUGGUACAGGUCUUCUCUGAGUACUUUAAGGAGUUGGAGGAGGAGAGCAUCCGAGACAACUUUGUCAUCAUCUACGAGCUGCUGGAUGAGCUCAUGGACUUCGGCUACCCACAGACCACGGACAGCAAGAUCCUGCAGGAGUACAUCACUCAAGAAGGCCACAAGCUGGAAACGGGGGCUCCUCGGCCCCCGGCCACUGUCACCAAUGCUGUAUCCUGGCGCUCAGAGGGCAUAAAAUAUCGGAAGAACGAAGUGUUCCUGGACGUAAUUGAGGCUGUUAACCUCUUGGUCAGCGCCAAUGGCAAUGUGCUGCGCAGUGAGAUCGUGGGCUCCAUCAAGAUGCGAGUCUUUCUCUCAGGCAUGCCCGAGCUGCGCCUGGGCCUCAACGACAAGGUUCUCUUCGACAACACAGGCCGAGGGAAGAGCAAAUCGGUGGAGCUAGAAGACGUGAAAUUCCACCAGUGCGUGCGGCUGUCACGUUUUGAGAACGACCGCACCAUCUCCUUCAUCCCACCGGAUGGAGAGUUCGAACUCAUGUCCUACCGCCUCAACACCCAUGUGAAGCCCCUGAUCUGGAUUGAGUCUGUGAUUGAGAAGCAUUCCCACAGCCGCAUUGAGUACAUGGUCAAGGCCAAGAGCCAGUUCAAGCGGCGGUCAACAGCCAACAACGUAGAGAUCCACAUACCAGUCCCCAAUGACGCUGAUUCACCCAAGUUCAAGACUACGGUGGGGAGUGUCAAGUGGGUCCCCGAGAACAGCGAGAUCGUGUGGUCCAUCAAGUCCUUUCCGGGUGGCAAGGAGUACCUGAUGCGGGCCCACUUUGGCCUCCCCAGUGUGGAAGCUGAAGACAAGGAGGGCAAGCCUCCCAUCAGCGUCAAGUUCGAGAUUCCCUAUUUCACCACCUCUGGCAUCCAGGUGCGCUACCUGAAGAUCAUUGAGAAAAGUGGCUAUCAGGCCCUGCCGUGGGUCCGCUACAUCACACAGAACGGAGAUUACCAGCUCCGGACCCAGUGAGAGGCCUCUGCAAGCACCCCAGCCCAUCCAACCUCAGGGCACACCCGCCAUACUCAGAGACCGAAGCUGGAGGGUGGCCCUGGACACGCAGCCACCCUCCCCUCAAGCCUGCGUGGACCCCACAGAACCCCUUGCUUGGUCCCACCCUGAUCCAGGGUGGGAAGAAAGGGCCUGCCAGCCUCCCCCAGGGACAAGCCAGCUUAAGCCUUGGCUUCUCGGUGCCACAUGCCUGGCCACUUAGCACCCAGUGGAUGCCAUCCUCGCCCACUCCCAGGGCCUCCUUUUGUUGCCAUUUUGUUGAGCGUGUUGAUCAUUGUCACUGUUCGUUGCUGUCCCGUCACCUUUCUCCAUGUGUCCUGUGUAGCCACCUGCAGCACUUAGUGAAGGCAGCUGUCCCCCUCUCCACACUAGUCCUUGGCCAGGAGCGUUGCUGCGCCUGGGCCAGCGGUGCCUCCUAUGCCAGCCCUUGGCCACAUCAGUGUUUCCCGAGAAGGUACUUGGCCUCAGCCUUUCCCCCCCAAGAGUCCUUGGGCAGGUACAGGCUACCCUCAGUACAAAGCCACAGUGCCCUCCACCCCAGUGUGUGACAGUUACAUUAAAGUGCAUUCGUUAUA